UAAUAUCUUCUUCCACAGCAAUCAGUUUUUCAAUGUUCUGUUAGAUGAACACUCUUCAAAUAGACUCCAUUUCAGGUUUAGUCGCCGGUCUUAGCACUACUCUUAUAACACACCCUUUGGAUUUGAUCAAGGUUAGGCUUCAAUUAUCGACUUCAAAUCAGCCUUUAAGGCACAUACUACAGAACAUUUCAAAAAACCUGCAGUCAUCCAAGCAUUAUAUUCUAUCCGAGCUCUACAAAGGUCUUUCACCUAAUAUAAUUGGAAACAUCACGGGUUGGUCUUUGUAUUUCACCCUUUAUGAGCAAUUUAAGACAAGCUUCAGCCAGUCUCCUAAUACAAUCAAAUAUUUCAGUGCAUCAACGGUUUCAGGACUUGUUACUUCCUUACUUACAAAUCCAGUAUGGGUAAUUAAGACCCGCCUUCUUAGUGAAAAGAGCCGAUAUCUGUCUAUGGCUGAUGCAAUCAGAAAAAUCUAUACUGAAGAAGGUGUGAAGACGUUCUGGAAGGGUUCUGUUCCCUCACUCUUUCUGGUAUUCCAGAACAGUUUACAAUUCACAGUGUAUGACCACCUCAAGAAUCUGAAACUACUAGAUAACCUCAAGAAUGAUCAUGAAAUCCAGUAUUACUUCACCGCCUCGUCAAUUUCUAAAUUCACGGCCAUGUUGGUAAUGUACCCUUUCCAAGUUGUGAGAUCAAACCUUCAAAAGUUUGAUUCUACUAACAUAUACAACGAAUUACGGUACCUUUAUGGUACAAACGGAUUUUAUAAAGGGUUUACUGUCAGCUUACUCAAAGUACUACCUGCGACUUCUAUAACCCUCAUCACAUACGAAUCAAUGAGAAACUGGCUAACGCGUAUCAACGAAAAAAUAUAAUUUAGUUAAUACAUUCGUUGCUCAGACUACUUAUUGUGUAAGUAUAUUCCUUGAUUAUGAAGAGGAGUCUCAGUAUACUGGGAGAUAUUGACGAUCAUGGCAUCUCUAGCCAAAUGAAAAAGCAAGAGCAGAAGGAUUGCCAGUCACAAGAUGAACUUGGAAAUGAAAGCGAUAUCGAAGGCGAGUCUUUAUUUGAUGGUGAAAACUGGCUACCACCACCAUUACGCGAUAUUAGUGACAACUUCAACUCCAUAAUGUAUUCCUCACAUAUACCUAAAGUGGGUGAUACACCACUAAUUCUCGGUGUUGAUGAAGCUGGGAGAGGACCUAUUUUGGGCCCAAUGGUAUACACUGUUGCUUACUGCAAGGAAGACUACGAAAGUGACCUCAAGAGGUACGGCUUUGAUGACUCCAAGGUUUUGAAACAUGAAUUUAGACUCGGGUUAUAUAAACUUAUCGACCAGAAAGAUCAUGAACUCAAUCAAAAAAUUGGCUAUUUGAGUUCUAUUUUGUCCGCAAAAGAUAUCUCCAGCGGUAUGUUGAGAGUUCAUCAAGGGAAUUAUAACUUGAAUGAGCAGGCACACGAUGCAACCAUCAAUUUGAUUAAAGCUUUGGUGGAAAAAAAGGUUAACAUCAAACGUGUUUACGUCGAUACAGUUGGACCCCCAGAGAAGUAUCAAGCAAAGCUUUCAAAUAUAUUUAGCAGCUAUAAUAUCAAGUUCACCGUCACAAAGAAAGCUGACAGUUUGUACCCAAUAGUGAGCUGUGCAUCCAUCAUUGCAAAGGUAACGAGAGACUUGUACUUGCAUUAUUAUAAUCAAAAAGAUCCACUCUUACGGGGAACUGAAAUGGGCUCGGGAUAUCCAUCAGAUCCUCGUACAAGCAGAUGGUUAAAGGAACAAAUCAAUCCUGUAUUUGGUUGGCAUUUUGGUGUUUUACGUUAUUCCUGGCAAACCGCAAAAGACAGCCUAGACAAAAAUAAGGCAGUUGAAGUAGAUUACGAGGCAGAAACGUUUACUCAGCCCUUCAAGUUUGGCUUGAGCUGUUUUGGAACCAAAACAGAGAUAUAGUGAAGACAACAUGUAAAUUUAUGAUUCACGAUCUCCU